CUAGAAUUUUGGUUGUUGUUGGUAUCUGUGUUUGGUUUGAGUACACCAGAAGUCAAUCAUACGUUUCUUCUGUACUGUCGGUGGUAGUGAUUCACUGUAUCAUCCAAUCACAAUACAUACACAGCUGGGAGGGGUAGAUCUACCAUCGCUUUCACUUCUCCUCCUUCUUCAUCACUUCGCUCCUUUUUAAAGCAUUUACGUUUACAUUCUAGAGAAAGAGAGGGAGAGAGUUUUGUGUGGAAGUAGAGAGCUAGCCACAGCUCGAUUUCUUCAUUUCUGGCGGUGUUGAAUUAGAUAUUUUGUUAGAUCGUUGGGUACAGGAUUUCGUUGUUACAAAGAGGAAUUUGAGUGAAAUGUGUUGAAUCUAGUAACUCUGUGAGUGAAUUUAGCUCCGGGACUUUGAUCUCAAUGGCGACGGACGGCGUGCCAAAACAUGCGAAAAACCUAGGGGGUCAAGUAUGUCAGAUCUGCGGUGAAGAUGUUGGUAGAACUUUAGAUGGAGAUCUUUUUGUUGCAUGUGAUGUUUGUGCAUUCCCAGUCUGUAGACCUUGUUACGAGUACGAGAGGAAAGAUGGAAAUAAGUCUUGCCCUCAAUGCAAGACCGGAUACAAGAGAAUCAAAGGAAGUCCUCCAAUUCGUGGUGAUGAAGAGGAUGGUGUUGAUGCAAAUGAUGUAACAAGUGAUUUUAGUUAUCCUUCUGAGAAUCAAGACCAGAAGCAGAAGAUAGCAGAACGAAUGCUGAGCUGGCAUAUGACUUAUGGUCGAGGAGAGGAUGUUAGUGCUCCAAAUUAUGAUAAAGAAGUUAAUCAUAAUGAUAUCCCUUUGCUCACCCAUCGCCAGAUGGUUUCUGGUGAGUUGUCAGUGACUUCUCCUGACCGUCUUUCAAUGGCUUCUCCUGACAAUAAUGGAGGAAAGAGAGUUCAUACGCUUCCAUAUUCGGUUGAUGUCAACCAAUCACCUAAUGUCAGAGUUGUAGAUCCAGUAAGGGAGUUUGGUUCUCAAGGAUUUGGCAAUGUAGCCUGGAAAGAAAGAGUUGAUGGAUGGAAGGUGAAACAAGAGAAGAACAUUGUUCCUAUGAGCAUUGGUCAUGCCACGUCUGAAGGCCGAGGAGGCGGAGAUAUUGAUGCCAGCACCGAUGUGCUUAUGGAUGAUGCCUUACUGAACGAUGAAGCACGCCAGCCUCUUUCGAGAAAAGUUGCUAUUCCCUCUUCUAGGAUUAAUCCUUACAGGAUGGUCAUUGUUUUGCGGCUUGUUGUUCUCUGCAUUUUCUUGCACUAUCGUCUAACAAAUCCCGUGACAAAUGCCUAUCCAUUGUGGUUGAUAUCUGUGAUAUGUGAGAUUUGGUUUGCUGUAUCAUGGAUAUUGGAUCAGUUUCCUAAAUGGCUUCCAAUAAAUCGUGAGACAUAUCUUGACAGGCUUUCUAUUAGAUAUGAACGAGAAGGAGAGCCAUCACAACUUGCUUGUGUGGACAUAUUUGUCAGUACUGUCGAUCCAUUAAAGGAGCCUCCCCUUGUCACCGCAAAUACUGUCCUAUCUAUUCUUGCUGUUGACUACCCAGUCGACAAAGUUUCCUGUUAUGUAUCUGAUGAUGGAGCUGCAAUGUUGACAUUUGAAGCCUUGUCUGAAACUUCCGAGUUUGCUAGAAAAUGGAUUCCUUUCUGCAAGAAAUACAGUAUAGAACCUCGAGCUCCAGAAUGGUACUUUGCCAAGAAGGUUGACUACUUGAAGGACAAAGUUCAUCCAUCAUUUGUCAAGGAUCGCAGAGCAAUGAAGAGGGAGUAUGAGGAGUUUAAAAUUCGCAUCAACGGGCUUGUUGCGAAAGCAGUAAAAAUCCCUGAUGAAGGUUGGGUCAUGCAAGAUGGAACACCAUGGCCUGGAAAUAAUACAAGAGAUCAUCCAGGUAUGAUCCAGGUUUUCUUGGGUCAUAGUGGAGGACUUGAUAGUGAUGGCAAUGAACUACCACGGUUAGUUUAUGUGUCUCGUGAAAAACGUCCAGGUUUCCAACACCACAAAAAGGCUGGUGCGAUGAAUUCACUUGUUCGUGUGUCAGCUGUCCUUACUAAUGGACCCUACAUGCUAAAUCUUGAUUGUGAUCACUACAUAAACAACAGCAAGGCGCUGCGAGAGGCUAUGUGUUUUCUAAUGGACCCAAACCUUGGAAAAAGCGUGUGUUAUGUUCAGUUUCCUCAGAGAUUUGAUGGAAUUGAUAAAAACGAUCGAUACGCCAAUAGGAAUACUGUGUUCUUUGAUAUCAAUUUGAGAGGCUUAGAUGGUAUACAAGGCCCGGUUUAUGUGGGUACAGGAUGUGUCUUCAAUAGAACAGCUUUAUAUGGUUAUGAUCCCCCCAUUAAGCCUAAACAUAAGAAACCCGGUUUUUUGAACUCAUGUUGCGGUGGAUCCCGUAAGACAACUUCCAAAUCCAAAAAGUCCGACAAGAAAAAAUCGAGCAAGCAUGUGGAUCCUACUGUGCCAAUAUUCAACCUAGAAGAUAUAGAAGAGGGAGUCGAAGGUUCUGGAUUUGACGAUGAGAAGUCAUUGCUCAUGUCACAGAUGACAUUGGAGAAAAGGUUUGGUCAAUCAGCGGUAUUUGUUGCAUCUACGCUUAUGGAAAAUGGUGGUGUUCCUCACUCAGCAACUCCCGAAAUUCUUCUCAAAGAAGCUAUCCAUGUAAUCAGCUGUGGGUACGAGGACAAGUCAGAUUGGGGAAAUGAGAUUGGAUGGAUUUAUGGGUCUGUUACAGAGGAUAUUCUCACAGGAUUUAAGAUGCAUGCUCGUGGUUGGCGAUCGAUUUACUGCAUGCCUCCUCUUGCAGCCUUUAAGGGAUCUGCUCCUAUCAAUCUUUCAGAUCGUCUAAACCAAGUGCUGCGGUGGGCUCUUGGAUCUGUAGAAAUUCUUCUGAGUCGACAUUGUCCAAUAUGGUAUGGAUAUAGUGGAAGGUUGAAGUGGCUCGAGAGAUUUGCAUAUAUCAACACCACUAUCUACCCAAUUACUUCCAUCCCACUUCUGUUUUAUUGUACGUUGCCUGCUGUCUGUUUGCUCACUGGAAAGUUCAUUAUCCCAGAGAUUAGUAACAUUGCCAGUAUCUGGUUUCUCUCCCUCUUUCUUUCCAUCUUUGCCACUGGUAUAUUGGAGAUGAGAUGGAGUGGUGUUGGGAUAGACGAGUGGUGGAGAAAUGAACAGUUUUGGGUUAUUGGAGGUGUUUCAGCUCAUCUGUUUGCCGUCAUCCAGGGUCUUCUCAAGGUUCUUGCUGGUAUAGAUACGAAUUUUACUGUUACAUCUAAGGCGUCAGAUGAAGACGGUGAUUUUGCCGAGCUCUACCUGUUUAAAUGGACGACACUACUAAUUCCUCCGACAACUCUGCUCAUUGUUAAUUUAGUUGGAUGUGUUGCCGGUAUCUCUUAUGCAGUCAACAGUGGAUACUCAUCAUGGGGUCCUCUCUUUGGAAAACUGUUCUUCUCAUUCUGGGUGAUUGUUCAUCUUUAUCCUUUCUUAAAGGGUCUAAUGGGGCGUCAGAACCGAACACCAACAAUUGUGGUUGUAUGGUCGAUUCUUCUAGCUUCGAUCUUCUCUCUGUUGUGGGUUCGUAUUGAUCCCUUCACCACCAAAGUAACUGGCCCAGAUGUCAAGGAGUGUGGAAUCAACUGCUAGAGAUAGAAGAGUAAAUAUAUGGAUUUGAUUUGAUAUUCUUCUAUUUUGAGAAGCUUAAAGUAGCAGGACUUUGUUUAGUAUUUAAAAUGCUGGAGCUGCACUAGGAAAAGAGGUUUUGAAGUCUUAAAAUUUAUUUGUGAAGCAUAAGUUAAAUAUAUAUUAUGUAUAUUGUAGAUAGGACAGUGAGAAAUUAGCUGCCGAUUGUGUUAUUUGUUGUUGUAUAAUUUACAUAUGAAAAUUGAAGGGACUAAACCUGUGCUGUUGCUUCUGUAUUUGCAUAAUUAAGCACCUGAACCUGGACUUUUUGUUUU